AACUCAAUGCCUCCGUUCUUCUCGCUACUUCUUUUCGUGCUGUGCGCAGGAAUCGCGACGGCGAUACCUGCAGCAAAUCCGGUAGCAGUACCCGCCGCAUCUGCAACAAGACCACCCACAGGAGCUGCUACGAUAAGCAAAGUCGCCGUCGACACCGAAGGCAGCGGCUGUAGGAGCGGCACAGUCGCCGUAGCCUUCGCACCGGACAAUUCGGCCCUGACGCUAAUUCUGGACGGAUUUCAUGCUGGAAUCGGGCCAGGUUACGAGGAUUUCGGGACACGUGCGUUCUGUCGGGUCAAUGUGACCAUGAGUUCGCCCGGAUGGGCGUUUGAUGUGCAAUCGGUGGAUUUCCGGUCGUAUGUGAAUAUCCAGAAAGGGGUUGAGGUGAGCCUUGUGAGCAGGUGGAAGUGGAUCGAUACCAAAGGAGUCGAUAUGAAAGGAAAGGGUAAUGUGAAGAAGGUCCUCACCGGGCCGUUCGAAGACGACUAUCUGCUUCACAAGGAUGACGAAUUAUCGGAUAGCGAGCAGUCUGUGUGUUCAAAAGUAUCGGCCAUGUUCCAGCUCAGUCUGUCGGCCACUCUGUCGGCUACCAGUCCAACGGUGACAGGAAAGGUGGACGGAGACUCGGCAGAUGCUCGGUUUGGAGAGAUUCUUAAUCUGUCAUGGAGGAGGUGUUGAAAGACCGGGAAGGGGAUAUGAUUAUACCGACUCGCCGUAUAGGUCUCGCGCGUUCUAGUACAUUGAAAGCGAUGCCAACAGCACUGAAUGAUUCUUCGUACUUUUCCACCAUAUGAUGGUCAGGUUCUUUGAAGAGGUGGAGCUCCAGAGUAAUCCUCUCAAGCGAAGGAAAUCUGUUCUGAAUUUCGUGGAUCAACAAGCCGCCGUCCCACUUGAGCAUCGU